AUAUUAACUUUAAAUUAAAUUAAAUAAUAACUUCAGAAUAUUCAAUAAUAUUUUGAAAGUUAAAUUAAUUAAAUUUAAACACACCACAUUAAGUAAAAACUUUGAACAAUGAAAGUUAGUCAGUGUUAGCCCAUGUGACGCCGCAUAAUACAACUGGAGUUUACGAAGUGCCAUAUAAAGUUUAUGUAAAUAAUAUAUUUAAUGUAAUAAUAAUAAUAUUUCUAUAAGUAGCACAAACAAAACUUGUGCAAGCGGCUAGUCAAGAACAAAGUAUGAUAUAGUACAUAUGGUAUGUGUACACCGGAGCCAUCUCAUAUUGAAAGAAAGGAAAGGACAAGCAAAGGUAGAUGAAGUCCCCACAUUUCGAAAAAUGUCAACGAAACGUAAAUCGCUUCCAAAUAAAGUUGACAUCGACCACAAUAAAACCAAAAGAAGAAAGGCAGGCCACACGACAGCCUUCGUUCGUAAAAGACAUCAUCUGUUUCCGAAAAGUAAAAUAAAUGCCUCCAAUGUUAGCCCAAUUGUUAAUAAUAAUGAGGUGGAUGGUAUAAGGGACUGUGUGAUCAUGGUUUCGGGAAAUCAUUUCGAUAAAACAUACGUGGAUAUGGACUUGGACAUGGACUCCAGAAGCUCUUCGAGGGUCUCCAGCUCAAGCUCAAGUCAUUUGGAUAUGAGUACUAAUGAUAUUACCAUGGGCAAUAACAGGAGCAUAGAAAAUAUUGGAAAUAAUCGAAGGAAGAAAUCAAGUCCAGCUAUAGGAAAUGAGGAAAACCAAUUAAAAGUAACUGAAAAUACUGAUGAAGCUUGGGAUACGGAUCCAAAGACAGAUACGAAAUGGAUUAAACUUGAGACUGACCUUAAGUGUUGCAAUAUUGAAGUUGUUUCAGAACACCAGCAGCUAUUCCCUAAACCCAAUAUUCAUAAUAGUGCGGUAGACUCCAUUGGAAGCUUCGAUACAAUACCUAUUAAUCUGGACGCAGGUCCAUUAUCAAUCUAUGGGAGCUCCACAAAUGUCCCGGAAUACACCACCGUCCAACAAUCAAGCUAUCUUCAAAGAGAAUGUAGGCUGCCCUCUUCUGAAGAAAAUCAAACACAUGCCAAGGAAUAUUUCGAUUUGGAGAUGAUUAAGAAUUUUCAGUUAAUACGAAGUCGAUUACUUGGUCAGUCCCAUUACGACGGCAUGACAGACAUUGAACAGCAACAACAUUUACAAAAUGUCCAAAGGUUACAGCAUGAAAGUUGUUUUCAGGAGUUGCAUAACCAGCUAAGCAAUCAGUUUGGAGCGUCGGUUCGACUCCCAGCACCACCUCCCCAUCAACAUCAGGCUGGAGUUACUGCCGUGUCUUCCGGUAACUUGGUACCAUUCCUUCCCGCCUUCUUGCAGCCACAACCAAUACCUAGCCAAGCACAACAACAGCUGCUGCAGUUAAUUCCGUCGGGACCUGGUCACACGCAUUAUGAUCACCUGAGCGGACACAAAAUAACCUCCAUGACACCAACAAUGUGGUCCACAGCAGCGGUGGCGGCGGCGGCUCAUAUACAGGCUGCUCUCGCGGCUGCAGCCGUUGCUGCGGCUUCGAAUAAUAAUAACAAAAAUAUUACAAAAACUAAUACUAAUAUUAAUAAUAAUGAGCCAGCGGCAACAACCAUUGAUCUCGAGGGUGGAGGAGGAAACGAUGGAAAACGAAGAGGUGGCAAUGGUAAUGGUUCAUCGUCGUCCGCUAUGUCAAGACCAGAAUCGCCACAAUAUGAGAAUCAUCCGUAUGCCAUAUCCAUCUCCUACAGUCACAACACACCGCCCGAGUCACCUACGAACAAUCGAGCUAUCGAGUGUUCCAAGGUGCACAAUCUCUGCGAAUCAGAGUCUGAAAUGAUGGAGGCACCACUGAAUCUAACUAAACCAAAGGGGUCACCAUGCUCUUCGCCGACAAGUUGCCAUCACCACAAGGAACAUAGUCACCAUCAUCACUGUGAAAGUCUGCCAACAACAGCCUGCCUUGUGUCUAGUCCGCCAUUAAGCUGGCAAUCCCAAGGGCCAGGACAUCAUUUUAACGAGAUCGAAUCGUCUCUGAUCAAAAGUCAUGGCCGAGGAGGUUGGAAUACUGCUGUUGGUGGAUCACGGGCAAUGCGGUUAAGCCGAGACUCUAUUAAUAGUUGUGGCACAAAUUCCGAAAGAUCAACAGCUCUAGAUCCCGAAAAUGUGGUCCUUGGACAACCUAUAGCUCCGCCGCCACUGCCACCGUCGACUUCUUCAUCACUGCCACUGAGGCAGGGCAGUAAUGGACAUGGUCACGGGCAUAGUCAUGGACAUAGUAAGCCACAUAUUAAACGACCGAUGAAUGCGUUUAUGGUUUGGGCCAAAGAUGAGAGACGAAAGAUAUUGAAAGCAUGUCCAGACAUGCAUAACUCAAAUAUAUCGAAGAUUUUGGGUGCUCGUUGGAAAGCCAUGUCAAAUGCCGAUAAGCAACCAUAUUACGAAGAGCAAUCCCGCCUCUCAAAGCUUCAUAUGGAACAGCAUCCCGACUAUCGUUAUCGCCCGCGCCCCAAGCGAACCUGUAUUGUUGAUGGAAAAAAAAUGCGCAUAUCGGAAUAUAAGGUCUUAAUGCGUAAUCGACGGGCCGAGAUGAGGCAACUCUGGUGCCGAACGGGCAGCGUUGGAGGAGAUUCAGGUGCAGGAAAUGCCUGUGCUGAUCCCGGAGAGGGAGGACCAGGACCCAAUGUACACGCAGCGGCUGCUGUUGCUGCCGUAGCCGCAUAUCAUUUGCAGGAUGUGGGCCACGCCAUAGCACCUUCUUCUCAACAACUUUUUUAUCCACCGGAAAGCUUAUCACCUUCAGGCUUUUCGUCCUCCGAUGACGCCGAGUUGGCGUCCACACAGCGUGAACUAUUGGACGAUUAAAACAACUAAGAAUAUACAAAUAUUAAGCAAAGCUUGAACAUGCGCCAACAAGAAAGUAAGCCAACUUCGAGAAGCCAAAGUUUUUAUACCCUUGCACUUCAUAGUUUUUUUUAAAUAUCGUAAUUUUGGAAUCAUAUUAUGAUAUAUAUAUUAAGAGAUACUACAAAAAAAUAAGAUUAUAAAUUAAUUAUUAUUAUUAUUCUCUAUACGACUGAAAACCCAAUCCCAGAAAUAGUUUUACCUUUUCUAUUCUUCUAAAUAUAUUAUUUUUUAAUAAUCGUAUAGGGAUUCCCGUGGAUAUAUUCAGCGAAAUUUUGGGAUUGCUAAAGGAUUAAAUCUUUCAAAAGUGCAGAUGCCAAUACUUUAGUUGAUUUUUUGUUUGUUUUCUUUUUUUAACUAUUUUUUGGAUCGGUAAUAUAGAAUCUCCUACAUGUAUAAAAAUCGUUGGUACCAAUACUGAUCGAUGUGUUUCGAAAAUCACGAUAAUAUCGAUAUAAAUAAUUUUUUGUUAAUUAGUUAUAUUAUAUGACUUUGUAAUUAUAAAACGAUUAAGAUUAAGUUAAGAGAUUUAAGAUUAGAAUUAAGUUAGGAAAAAUAAAAUAUAAAUAAUAGGGUUUUUCUUAUUAAAAAUUAAACUUAUAAAUUUCUGAUGAAUGGAAUCUUUACAUAUUAAGCGAUAGAAUUUGUAUAGUAUCGAUAGUAUCCCUCACUAGAAUUGUUUUUCACCUCUAGGUAGACGGCUACUAGAGGUCAGGACUAAAUGUGGAAAAAAAAUCGAAUAAUAAAUCGAUUUAAAUCAAAAACGAAAGGACUUAUAAUUUAAUAGUUCUUUACAUUUAUCCAUCGAUGUUUAUAGAUAAAUAUGAGCUUUUUGGUUUUCUUUAUCUUUCAUAAGACAUCGGAAAAUCGAAAAAUCGAUUUUAUUUCCAGCUCUAGUCAUGGUCGUAUGACACAGUAAUGCAGUUUUUAUUUAAUGUCUCUUCAUUAGAUCCUUGAAGGGGACAACUAUAUGUUAUUUUUCUUACAUAUUUUUUGCAAUCUGACCAUGGUCACACCGAUCGAAAAAGGAAAUAAUAAAAAAUGCCACAGUUCUCAGCAUAUAAAUUAAUUUUGCAACGCAGAAAGCUCGUCACCGAAAACAAUUUUAUUAU